GGAGCAACAGCCCUGCGGGGUUGGCCACUGGUGCCGAAGGAAGGCAAUGGAGCUUCUCCCGCUUGGGGCGGACUGGGGCCCUUCCUCCCCACAUCCCCAAUGUUGGGGAAUGGAGUGGAUUGGGCCAGGGGUCUCUUGGAGCCCCAGCAAGGAACUGGAGGGGGCUGGGAAAGGCCCCCCCAUCCCCCUUCCAGCUGGGCCCUCCAAAGGCCACCCCUCGGUCUCCCGCAGCAGGUCUCCACCCCAUUCCCCAUGUUGGUCCCUCCUCCGCUGGCGGCUGGGAGCGAUGGGCCCUGGAAUCCUUCCUGACAGCCCUCCUUCUCCUCCCCCUCCUCCUCGCAGCCCAUUUCUUGUACCAGACUAAGCAUGAGUGCCAUUUCUUGAACGGGACGCAGCAGGUGCACUACCUGUACAGGGACAUCUACGACCGGCAGGAGAUUGUCCGCUUCGACAGCGACGUCGGGAAGUUCGUGGCCCUCACCGAGUUCGGGCAGCCGGAUGCCGACUAUUGGAACAGCGACAAGACCUUCCUGCAGUACUUGAGGGGCUCCGUGGAUCGCUUCUGCCGAUGCCACUAUGGGGCUUACACCUAUCAGGCGGAGAAGACACGGCGUCUGAUUGGCCGGAGAA